AAAGAAAAAAAAAAGAAAAGAAAACUCGAUUAUUUAGUGAACGAGAGAACCCAACGCUCUGAGACAUCGCGAAAAGAGGAUGUUGGUUUGGCGUAGUAUAGUUCCCAACAUUCAAUUUUCGAGGGGUAAUUUCUUCAAGCACCUUCCAGCUUCGACACCAACGUCUAUUUGUUGCCCGUGCAACAUCAUCAGCACUGGAACCCUAUUCACUACUCGAGCACUUAGAUCUUCCUAUUUCGAAUCCCUUACUUCCCAUCAAAAGGAUCAGGUCCAUCUCUACGUUGACACUCUUCUCCAAUGGAACCAGAGAAUGAAUCUUACCGCCGUUACUGAGGUAAAUGAGGUUAUGGAAAGGCACAUUGAGGAUUCACUUGCAAUUAUACCCCCUAUGAGAAGUUCUUAUGCUUCCCACUGUAACGACUCAGUCGACAGCAUCAACCUCGUUGAUGUCGGAAGCGGCGCGGGGCUUCCCGGAUUGAUUUUAGCAAUUGCUUGCCCAGAUUGGAAGGUAACGCUAUUAGAGUCUAUGAACAAGCGCUGCGUUUUCUUGGAGAAUGCCAUAGGUCUUGCUGGCUUGUCUAACGUCCGAGUUGUGAGAGGAAGAGCGGAGAAUUUGGGGCAGGAUCUUUGCUUCAGAGAAAAAUUUGACGUAGCAGUGGCAAGGGCGGUUGCAGAGAUGAGAAUCUUAGCUGAAUAUUGUCUUCCACUGGUACGCGUUGGUGGUCUAUUUGUAGCUGCAAAAGGUCAUGAUCCUCAGGAGGAAGUUAAAAAUGCAGAAAGAGCAAUUCAAAUGAUGGGUUCUUCCCUGUUGCAACUUUGCUCAGUAAUUCUUGCAUCGAGAGCAUCACCAUGAGGGGUGCCAAUUGCAGCUUGGCCAAUAGCCUCGCACCAGCCGAGGAACACGGUUUUGAUUAUAGAAUUGCUCGAAGUUGGAAUUGUCGUGAAGGACUGGUCGCGCCGGGCGUAGCUAGUGACGUCAACCACUGUAGAAAAAGCUGUGAAACUGUUGAUGGCAUCGAAGGAAGGGCAUGCGAUAAGGAAGAGGGCGGCAGAUUUGGGCAGUGCUGUCAGGCGGUCCAUGGAUAAAGGUGGAGUUUCCCGCGUGGAGUUGGAUUCUUUCAUUGCUCAUAUCUCUAGGUAGGUAAAGUACUACUGGAUCAGACUUUGGGAGAUUAAACGAGAAGAAAGACAAAGAUAAUAAAAAAAAAAUGAAAGCAACCCGUAAAGAAAAAUUCUAGCAACCCGGCCAAGGUGAAGAGAUCUGAGACCCAAGGAACAAAUACUAAAAAGCAAUCCAAAAGAAGGUGUAGGAAUUGUGCAAGAAGCCAUGUGGGUCGUAGAGGACGAACCCGUCGCAGGGGAAGAUCUGGACGCAAGGUGGAGCAGCAACAUAGGGCAGCAGCAACGGUGAAGACGAUGGUGAAGACGAACAACGAUGGAUGACGACGAUGACGAAUGGCGACGGACGACGGAGUGGUCACACCGGUGGCUAGGGUUUGUGGAACGAGGGGAAGAGGUCUCUGCCUUGGUUCAAAACGCAUUGCCGGUAUCAGUUUCGACCGAUAAUACUUAAGCUCGACUUGCUAGUGACGUGGAUCCAAAGAACCCGACUUUUGUCGGGUGGGCUCAAGCCGGUUCAUGUGGACGGAUCGGCCCAAUGCAUUUCAUGCACAUGCCUAUUGGGUCGUGUGGAGGUUGACAUUCCUAUCCAGCUUGUGCAGGCAAAGAACAAGGCUAUUUUAUUCAGGGAAGUGAAUGAAGAGUAAGUAGGGAUAAGAGUGGUGGGCAUAAUUAAUUUUUAAGAAUAUGAAUUAAGAAUGGUUGAAGUUGCAGCUGUUUUUCUAAAAGAAUGAGGCUAUUUAUUCAGGGAUUGUGCUGCCAAAAGGAAAAUAAUGCACAAGGAGCAUGGCAUUUUGUACCGUUUUGUUUCAUUUUACCAAAUAAACCAAUACAGCCUUGGCGUAGGGUCGAGUCUUUCCAUUUGUAAAGUAGGUUUAGAAAGCAUACUUGUGACAUAGCCUGGCUCAUUGUCCAUGGUUUAAAAUCAGACAUCUUCAAUGCCAUUUGCUUUUAACUUGAAGCAUAUUUCCUCUUUAUUUUUUCUGUCUACUUGCUUCAACUGCCACUUAUCAACUUGAUUGGAUGGCUCCUUGGUUUAAAGUGUACGAAUAACUUUGUAUUAAGGAUCAUUCCAUUUGAAUAUGAUUCUUUUCUAACUGAUAUUAGUGUUCCUUCUAU